GCCCGAUACAGAAUUAAGAAAGAAAACAUUCAAAAGCGUGAAAUAUUUCUUUUAUUUACGCAUAUCGUGUCAUAUAUACGCAAAAUGAAGGUUCUCUGAUAUCCUGAAAAUGAAUAAAGGGUGGCUUGAGCUAGAGAGUGAUCCAGGGCUCUUUACACUACUCCUGGAAGAUUUUGGUGCCCAAGGUGUUCAGGUAGAAGAGAUCUAUGAUUUGCAGAAACUAAUUGAAGGGCCAGUGUAUGGCUUUAUCUUUCUGUUCAAAUGGAUAGAAGAACGUCGUUCCAGGCGGAAAGUCAUCCAGGAAGCUGAAACCUUUGUUACAGAUGAAGAAAUUGUUAACAGCAUGUUCUUUGCCCAACAGUUGAUCCCUAACUCUUGUGCCAGCCAUGCUUUACUCAGUGUACUGCUGAACUGUGACAAACUCAAGUUAGGACCAAUCCUUGAGAAACUGAAGAAAUUCUCAGGACACAUGUCCCCUGAGGACAAAGGUUUUGCAAUUGGUAACAUGCCAGAGCUCUUCAAGGCACAUAACAGUCAUGCAAGAAAAGAUACUAGCAGUCUGACUGACAGGCAGAGAGACUUGACCCCAGGAGCAGGAAGAACCAUCGGUGACGCUUUCCACUUUGUCAGCUAUGUUCCCAUUAAUGGCAGACUCUUUGAAUUGGAUGGCCUCAAACCUUACCCCAUAGACCAUGGUCCCUGGUUAGAGGGGGAGGAAUGGACAGCACAGUUCACUAGAGUGAUCACAGAGAGAUUGGGCAUGGCUACAGGAGGGGAGCCCUAUCAUGACAUCAGAUUCAACCUUAUGGCAGUUGUACCUGAUAGGAGACGUCUUUUUGAACAGAAGCUAAGUAUCCUGAAGACCAACAGACAGAUCGUUCUUGAGGCACUACAACAGAUGGUGAAAGUCUCUUCAGCUGAGCCGAAACCUGGACCCAAUGUAACAACACGUAGAAUGAAUCGUGUAAAAGCUGCGGAAGCCUCUGUCAAAACAGAAGCUCCAGAUGCGUCCGUGUCGCAGAAAAAGCACAGCAGCAACGCCCCAUCCCCAUGUAAACUUCCCCCAGCUUUGGACUCUCAUAAUUAUGCAAAGAGCCCUCUAACAGAUGAGCUUGCUGAGGAUGGGGAAUGUGAUGUGCAGAUUAAGCGUUCAGGAUCAGAUACGGAGAGUGAUAAUGAGGUCCAGAUAUUAGAACAUGAGAGUGAACUUAAUAAGACUAUUGACCCUCCUUGUGAUGAAAAAACUGAGAAAAUCCAAGUUCCAAAUGCAGACCAGAUUAAAAAUGUAAAAUCAGACAAAGUGAAAAUACAUAUUACUGUCAAAGAGGAGCUUGAAGAUGGUAGCAUGGUAACCAUGCCAACCACCAUAGCAACAACAGAUGUGACUAAACCAUUGACAAUUCAAACAAAAUUUGGGAGUACCCCUUCAAACAGUGCCCCAACUAGCACAGAAACUGCUUCUGAGACUAGCACAAGUCUCUACUCUCCUCUAUGUUCAACGAUACCCCAGACAAGUCCCAAGCUAGAACCCACUCUCGACUCUAAACCUGACCCUGAAACUUUGGACAAUUCACAAGGGAGCGCCGACAAUGAUACUAGUGCUGAGGUUACCCAGAUUCUUCAAGACACCUCUGAGAAACUGAAAAAGGAAGAAAGUGGUGGUGGGAGUGUUGAAAGGAGGAAGCCAAGACAAGGAUUUACACCUAAGGAUCUACUGGCAUUACUGAAGAAUGUAGAGAAUGAAAUACUACAAUGUGAGAACAAUCUGAGAGAUGAGGUAGAGAAGAGGAAUAAGUACAAGAUUGAUGACUGUAGGAGGACGCAUAACUAUGACCAGUUCAUAUGUACAUUCCUCUCUAUGCUGGCUGAGCAGGGCCACUUGGCUAAUCUUGUAGAGGAACACAUGUCCGUGUCUAAGAGACGCUCAGGCAAUGGACUCUCAAGGACUAGCCAAUCUAGAAAACCUGAUAAAAGAUCUCGGAAAACUAAGACAAAGAAACGAAGAUAGCGUGAACUGAAAUGUGAAUUUACGUAGAUGAAACAUUGUACAUGUAAUCUUAUUGAAUACAUAUUAGUGUUUCUAAUAUUUUAGACAGCCAUAUGCAUC